AUGAGAGCAUCUGGCAGACACGCUCGUUCAAGUCCUACCGCGUUUCUCCCAAUCGCGCCGCGUCCGACGUCAUCUUCCCCUCCGCCGUCCGCGACCCAAUCCUCUUCGCGCCAGGGAUACAGCCGUGGUUCUCAAUCCUCCGAUGCCGCUACUCAUGCUCCCAGAGCCGGAGCUGCGGGAGCAGCAGGAGGGCGAGGCGCACCACAGGGAGCGCCGCACCACCGCACUCACAAUCCCACCGCGAGGUCAUCCGCUCCACGUACAUCGCAGCACCAGCACCAGCACCAUCAUCAGCAUCAGCACUACACUUCCCAGCUGGGCUCAAGCCAUUACGGUAGCCUCUCCCCCCUGAACUUGCCGCUCGGGUCUUUCUCCCCGCCGCUGUGUUCAAUGUCUGAUAUCCCCGUUUCGAUGUCGAUGGUGAGCCCGUUCGACCAUCCAUACGGGGAUCCAUCCAUGCUUGACGGGAGCGGCGGCGCUGCUGCAUUCCCUUCUUUGGAAGAUUUCGAUCUUGGGGGACUCCAAGAUGACAUGAUGCAGGAGGAGUGGAGAUGGUUCUCUGAGGAUCACGACCUGAGAUAG